ACCAUUAUCACCAGUACCACAUCUCCCCGUCGACCUCCAAAUAUCCCUAGAUUAAUCGCCACUCGCUUUAUUCACCAUGUCUCGAACUAAGGUCCUGCUCGUCGGAGCAGCUGGUGAAACUGGUGGUUCCAUUGCGAAUGGAUUGCUCGAACAGCCUAACUUUGAAGUCCAUGCUCUUGUUCGCCCUCGCUCGGCCCAGAAGCCUGCCAUCGUUGCCCUGCAAGAACGGGGUGUUCAGAUUCGCAAGGGUGAUCUCAAGGGUCCCGAGGAGUCGCUCACCGACGUCCUCACCGGAAUCGAUGUCGUCAUCAGUUGUGUCGGCCCUUCAGAACAACAGGAUCAGAUCCCUCUCGCCAAAGCAGCGAAGAAUGCCGGUGUACAGCGAUUUAUUCCCUGCGGUUUCAUCACAGUAGCCCCGCCUGGUGGUAUCAUGUGGCUGAGAGACGAGAAAGAGACGGUCUACAACCACAUCAAGCAGCUCCGACUACCCUACACUAUCAUCGAUGUCGGCUGGUGGUACCAGUUCUCUUACCCCCGCCUCGAGUCUGGUCGCAUCGAUUAUGCCAUGACUUCAGCCAAUAACGAGAUCGUCGCUGACGGAAACUCGCCCAUUGCUCUGACGGAUUUGCGGGAUAUCGGUCGCUAUGUUGCCAAGAUUAUUACCGAUGACCGGACAUUGAACAAAAUGGUAUUGGCGUACAACGAGGUCAAGACUCAGAACGAGAUCUACGACCUUUUGGAGGAGAUUAGUGAGGAGAAGAUUCAAAGGAACUAUAUUCCUGAAGAGACCAUCUACACCCGAGUGCUCGCAGCCCGCCAAUCUAGCGAAACCUACCCGUUCGAUCCCAUCAAGUUCAUUCCCAGAUAUCUCGCCGAGUAUCAACUAUCCUGGGGUCUACGGGGCGACAACACGCCGGAAUAUGCCAAAUACUUGGGUUAUGUGACGUCCAAGGAACUGUACCCCGACUUCACGCCUACCGACUUCAGGGAAUACCUGGAAACCGUCGUAAGGGGUGCCGCCAAGGGUGUGUAUACCGAUCGCACCAUUUCCAAGGCUCAGCAACGCUUCUUCCCUCGAUCGGAAUCCAGCGACUCUCUCUACACUCGGAUCUUCCCUCGUACUGAAUCGAGCGAUUCUUUGUACAUGUCUCGAUGAACGACGAACUCGGUCCCUUGUUAGGAAGAAACACGAGUCGGCGCUAGAUGCGCCUCCACCUUCGUGCUGCUUCGGUUAUGAUCGUGUGUACGGUGUCACUUAAAACAGUGGAUACCACAGCAUACAAUGGCAGCCCUCCCUCCCUUGUUGUUUCUCUUUGCUUUCACCUUCUCAUGGGUCUUUUUUUGUUCCCGGGGGUUUCUAGACAGGCGUUCGUGUACCUAUUGAUGGCUUAUGACUGUCUCGAGUGGAUGAGUAUGAUUACGUCACCACCACGUUUAUAUACCAAUGUACUUCGGGGGUUUUCUCCAAUCACCCAGUGUCGGUGACAGGUCUCACGGUCACUGGAAAGAUAUC